UGCUUUCAAGCCCACAUGGCACGGAUUCCUGGACACGACCAAAGACGCCAUGACGGUGGUCGAAGCGGCUCUUCAGGGCCGUCUCAACCACAUCAGUCGCCGACCCCAUGACAAGGAGCGCGCAGAGAUGCUCACCUCGGGAACCGUCUUGGUGUACGAGGAGAACGCGUCUGGCAUCAAGCGCUGGACCGACGCGGUCCACUGGUCGCCAAGCCGUGUCAUGAACAACUGCCUCAUCUACCGACAACUGGUGCGAGCGCUCAAGCCAGAGGAAAAGAAGUCUGCUCUGAACCCCUCGUGCGGCACCAAGAGGAAGCGAAAGGAAAGCAGCGGGCCCGUCAGGUCCAAAACUGGCGAGGUGCUCGAAACCUCGGAAGACGAAUACGAGAACCAGACAUUCGACCCUUCGCUCCCUGGCGAUGCCGAUUCCAUGAACAAGGUCUACGCCAACUUUGCCCAAAGCUUGACACCGGAUCAGCAGCGACGAUUCUGCGGCUCGCUCAUCGAUAGCUACGAGUUCAAGGAGGGCGGUCUGAUGAAGAAGACCAUUUCUGUCAAGUACCAGGGCACGCACCACCACGUCAUCUCGUACUAUAGCCUCGAGGACGUUGUCAGCGGCAAGCUCAAGAGGCCGUUCCAGGACCCCAAGCUAGCCGAUGUCCAACCCAGGCCCGAGCUUCUCAAUGGCUGGAAGGUCAGCCUCGAAGACGAGGAGAGCAAGGACAUGCCCCUUAUCGCGGGCUACUCACACCACAUCCAACCAAGCCACGUUCAACACCAUGUGCUUGGACCAGUAACCCAGACAGUCGGAGCACAGGGCGUGAUGCAAACACACGCACCGCUCCACCUCUCUGUUCCCGAGUACUGGCAUGGCAGCCAGGUCCCCCAGUACACAUCGAGCCACAACAGCCCGCAGCACUACGGCCCCUCUCAGCCAGCGCAUCAAUAUCCCGUCCAGCAGCCUUCUCCGCAGACGUAUACGCCACAGCAACACUAUGCUCAUCCUCCCUCUCCUCAGUCGUACUCAUCACCGCACGCGGCCAGCCCGCAGUACUCGACGCAGAGCGGUCCGUCGUCGCACUAUGCGCCGCAGCCACAGUCGGCUCGCCACUACUCGUUUGAUCAUCCAUCGGCGGCACCGGCGUCGUACUCUCAGCAUGGCCCUACUUCGCAAUACCAAGCGCCACAGCCCACGUCGUAUCCCAUGACGCAGCCUGCAACGUUUGAAACUCAGGGCAUCGCAGCGCAGGCCUCUCCAACUCAACAGCCAAGUCAGCUCCCGGUGUCGCAAGCUGACCAAGGAAGACGAGCGUCGGCGCCUAUUGCGCUACAGCCAUUUAGCCAACCGCAAUUCCCAGCGGCUCCGCAUCCUCACUCGUACUAUGUCACGGACCAAAAGUAUGGCUCCGAGGAGAAGUUUCCUUCUAGCGCACACUCUGGCUACUGAGCGAGUCUGUUGAAGAUGGAAACAAAAUGUUCCGAUGUAAACUAGCAGCGCCACCCCCC